UUGUAGAUGACGCCUCUUGACUUAUUAUUUUGAUGAUUAUUAAGCAGGCAUAUGUCUUUCACUAUUAUGUUCAUCCCUCAGGAUGUUUGGUUGCAACUAACAUGUGCACGCUUUGAUUCCAGUGGAGGCACAUGAUUGUAUGAUGAUAUUUUAGACACUUACAAUUAUAUAGGUGGGCCAAGUGGGUGGAAGAGUAGCAUCAAUUUUAAACAUUUUCCAGUGUUCCGAAUUAGGUAAAAUGAGCUAGAUGCAGAAUGAUAUCUACCUUUUUGGAUAAUGAAUGGUAUUAUUGUCUGGUUAUUUAACCACCCUUCUAUCUAAGUAAUUGACUGGCUUAUAAAUAGAUUGAUUGGAGUAGCAUUCUUUCCUGAAUCAAUGUCAAAUUGCAGUGGCACCUCUGAGUUAGUAGUAGUUGCGCUCUAUUUGCAUGCAUAAAUGCCAGUUGCAAAAGCAGCCAAUUCUGCAAAUGUAAUGAAAUCAGAGGAUCCAAAUGAUUCUUUGGACACCUUCAUCAGACAUGCCAUUGGAAAAGAAUCUUUCAUUCCCUUCUCAAGGGUUGGGGACAACCCAGUUCAAUGGAUUCAAUUGCUUCAUGCCAUAGAUCAACGAGAUAUCCCUGGCUGGCCGUUACUCACUCCUCUGAAGAUGCAGACACAAAAGUGUGAUAAGUGUUCGCAAGAAUUUUGUUCACCCAUUAACUAUAGAAGGCAUAUACGUGUGCAUCAUAGGUUGAAGAAACUUGAUAAGGAUUCUUCUAAAAAUAGGGAUCUAUUAGCAACAUUUUGGGACAAGCUCUCAGAGGAUGAGGCGAAAGAAAUCUUAUCAUUCAAAGAUGUGUUACUAGAGGGAGUUCCGGGAUCUUCAGUUAUAAAAUCAUUGACUACACAUGUAAAGAUCUCCCUUUCUGCUUUGCCACAAGUUUGCUUGAGAGCGGGUUCUGCUCUUCUGGAUCUCGUGCUAGCUAGACCUUCAAUAUUUCCAAUAUCUUCACACGAAUUAUUUAGUAUCCUUGAUGAUGCAAGUGAAAAGACUUUCCUUUGGGGUGCUGCCAUGUCAAUGCAAAAAUACAUUUUUGAUGGGGAAGCAGGAAAGAUUGGUCUUGAAACCAAAAACUUGGUUGCUUUUACCAGCUUUUUGGUGGAACAGAAAUUGAUUAAAGCAUGGCUUGCAGAUAAAGAUGCUGAAGCUUUGAGGUGCCAGAAGUUGUUGGUGGAAGAGGAAGAAGCUGCCCAGAAGAGGCAAGUUGAGCUUCUUGAGAGAAAGAGACAGAAGAAGCGUAGGCAGAAGGAGCAGAAAGCAAAGGAACAAAGACACUCGGAUUUGGAAGAAAGUAAGCAGACCAUGGAUGACUCAUCGGAGGAUAACACUCCCGCUGAAACAUCUAGUCCUUCAGCUGUUGAUUCUGAUGGACAAAAUCCUGCCAUAUCCACAGAUCAAAUUCUCCCAUCUGUAGAGCCCACUGAUUUUUCCAAGCUGGAAGAGGAUCCAGGAACUAGUCAUAAUGUUGAAAGACGAAUGGAGCAAGUUGGAGGGCAUCGGCAGAUAGUUGUUGCUCGAUGGCAGAAUCCACAUACUUCACAACGGGGGGUGCUUAAUGGUUUCCAUGCCAGUCAGAGUUCUCAUGGAUUUAAGUGUGGAGGCGUUAAUAGACAUGGAACAAACAGGGAAAGGUUUGGUGCAAUAGGUAACGGUAAUAAAAUUUGGAGCCAAAAACCUAAAGCAGUAAAGGAAGGGGAGAGCUUGACAAUUAGAGAAGAGAAACAAGCAGCUAAUCAAGUAAAUCAAAAUAAGAUUCAUGGGCUUUUAAUUGGCUCUAUAUCCGUCACGAUUCAAAAUUAUAGCAGUCACGAUGGACACAAUACAGCUGAAGCCCGUGACAGGAUGGCUGAGUGUCAAAUCCCAAAGAACAAUGUUCAGGAGAAGUUCAGCAAACUUGAUCCUGUUCAGGGUGUUUCAAACCGAUCAACCAUCAAGUUUUGGAGGCCAGUGAGCCGACAUGAAAGCAAAAAUUUGCAACCAGUCCAAAAUGGUGUUAGUGAAUUUGAAGUGGAAGUGGCUGCUGAAAAGAAUGUAGUACAUACCACUUCCAAUGAAAGCUGAUCAAGGUCGUCUUCGACAGAUGGUGGUGAUGGUGUGGGAAGCUCUCUUCAACGCUUGUGCAACCUGGUAGCUUGCAGUUCAACAGCAAUACUGCCAAAGCCAUUCUUGCUCAGAGGUGGAAGGAAGCUAUUGUAGGCGAACAUGUGACAUUGGUUCUCUCCCCAAACCUUGAUCCCCCAGGGUGCUCUAAUAUCGAAAACGAUUCAUUAGAAAAGUUGAUUGUUAAGACAAGGGCUUCCGAGGCUUCAACUACCGGACCUGCCCACGGCAAGUUCAGAAGGAAGCCUGAAAAGGGUGCGAAGUACAUUCCGAAACAAAGAUCUGCCACCUAAGAGGUGAGAUGGGAAAUUUUUUUGUUGUUCUUUUAUUGAGGUAUGCACAGUUUAGCGAAUCAUGGUUAUAUUCUUAGCAGAGGUUCCAGUUUUAAAAGUGGUCUUCUGUUGGAAAAUGCUUAUCAUUCAGUCAUCUUUCCCCCCCCCCCCCUUAAGGUGGUAUAGCAAUUUGACUAGUCUUCUCUGGUUCUACUAAUUACAUAAAUGUCCAAAUUUUGGCUCUAAUAAAUUGGAUUUAUUGCUAUUACAAAGUUCCUUUUUUUGCGGGGUCAGAAGUGGAGUUUCAGUCUUAGGUUUUCUUGCUUCUGUUCCCUGCAGACAUUUUAC